AUGCCGCACUUCGGCGGGUGGCGGCUGCUCCCCGAGGGCCAUGAGGGGCCUCGUGACAACCCACUCUCGGUGACUCCUGGAAAUAAAGGCCCCAAGAAAGGUACCAAGAGGGUGCAAUUUGUCAGGAACUUGAUUAGGGAGGUUGCUGGAUUCGCUCCCUAUGAGAAACGUAUCACUGAGCUUCUUAAGGUUGGAAAGGACAAGCGUGCACUCAAGGUCGCCAAGAGAAAGCUUGGUACUCACAAGAGAGCAAAGAAGAAGAGAGAGGAGAUGUCAAGUGUCCUUAGGAAGAUGAGGUCUGCUGGUGGUGGUGGUGCUGGUGACAAGAAGAAAUAGAGAUGGG